CGGAGCCACCAUCUUCCCUGCAAACUGCACGGAGCUUCAGUUCUCUCCGUCCGAACCUACGCUGACAAAGCAGCCAUCGAUGCAGACGUCACAGUGGUGGGCUCCGGUCCGGGCGGAUACGUCGCCGCCAUCAAAGCCGCGCAGCUCGGCUUCAAGACAGUGUGUGUUGAGAAGAAUGCGACGCUGGGCGGGACCUGUCUGAACGUCGGCUGCAUCCCCUCAAAGGUAAAAGAUCUAUUGACGAGGAAGACCGAUCCGUGUCGUCAACGGAAGCAUCUGUCCCUGAAGAAAGUUUCCAGAGGAGAUGAUCGUGAUCGGAGGCGGAGUCAUCGGAAGGUGGAGCUGGUCAGCCAUCUUUUGGGUGCAGUGUGGCAGCGUCUGGGCUCUAAAGUCAGCAGCGGUGGAGUUCCCCUGGGCCACGUGGGCGGCAUGGGGGCCAUCGACUGGAGAUUGUCCAAGAGCUUCCAGCGCAUCCUGCAGAAGCAGGGCUUCAAGUUCAAGCUUCGGCACCAAAGUCAUGGGCGCCAACCAGGAAGGCCCGAGGCAAGAUCCGAUGUGGCAGUGGAGGCGGCGGCCGGAGGGAAGAACGAGACUCUGACGUGUGACGUGCUGCUGGUCUGUAUCGGCAGACGACCUUUUACCCAGAAUCUGGGUCUGGAUUCUGUAGGCAUCGAACUGGACAACAGGGGCCGCGUCCCCAUCAACAACCGCUUCCAGACCAAAGUACCCAGUAUUUAUGCUAUCGGUGACGUCGUCGCUGGGCCGAUGUUGGCCCACAAGGCCGAGGACGAGGGCAUCAUCUGCGUGGAGGGCAUGGCCGGCGGCGCCGUGCACAUCGACUACAACUGCGUUCCUUCCGUCAUCUACACGCACCCCGAGGUGGCCUGGGUGGGCAAGACAGAGGAGCAGCUCAAAGAGGAGGGCGUCCCGUACAAAGUCGGCAAGUUCCCCUUCGCCGCCAACAGUCGAGCCAAGACCAACGCAGACACCGACGGCAUGGUGAAGAUCCUCAGCCACAAGGAGACGGACAGGAUGCUGGGAGCUCACAUCGUCGGAUCUACGGUGUCGGAGGCCUUCAGAGAAGCAAACCUGGCCGCCUCUUUUGGCAAAGCCAUCAACUUCUGAUCCGCCGGGCCGCUGUCACACCUUCAUUGUACAUAACAGAGGAGAAUCAGGAAGUUGUGUGUGUGCCUGCGUCACAAACAACAACAACCACCUUCCUCCAACCCAGCGGGAUCCUCUGUGUACAUCCAAACUGUACCACAUUUAGUUCUAAUGUUAUUUAAAUGUUCUGAAUAAAAUGAUAAAGGAGGGUUUUUGUGGGGGAGGCGGUAAAUAAACACUGACUGCAGAUCAGUCUUCUUUGCUUUCCAGAACAUAUAGUUUAAACAAAACAAAAAAAAGAUCCCAGAGGAGCCGAGUACUCGCUCAUUUACAGAACAUAGAGAUAUAUAUAUUAUUUUGGCUCGGUGGAGGUUUCUCUUGUAAACGAAGGAGGGAGUGUUUUUGUUUCUUGUUUUUUACAGUGUGAAAGAGUUUCAACACGACGAAUAUGAUGUGUAAUCAGAGCAGGAAGCUGUAACUGCUCAGUUUAAAAAAAGAAGGAAUAAAUCCACUCUGAAGUUUCUCUGUGAGUUAAAAAACGUUCAAUAAUGUUGAGCUUCAUCGUGCUCAGUCGUCAAUAUCUCUGAUGGGAAAAUUAGAAACUAGAAAGAGUUUAAUUUAUCAUUUGUUUCCUUUUAAAUUGGUAUUUUAUAUCAAAGGUACACAUACCGUAAAACUUCUAUUAAAAGUCCCGAAAAGACGCAGGUCUCCUUUACUAGCCUGGUGUCUCCAUUAGAGGCCUGGUGUGGAUUUUAUGGAAAUUAUCCAUAAAUGUUUCAACUUUUGUCAGAGAAAAAAACCUGAAAUGAUUUUUGUGCUAAAGGAUUUGAAUAAACUGGGCUACUAAUAGAGGUUUUACGGUAUUCACCUUUAACUAGCUGCUUGUUAACAUGUAUAAUAGCAACAUAUUGGCUCUUUAUUAGUCGCUAUAAAUCACUUAAUACAUUGACCCUAUUCUACAUCUAGAAGAGGAAUUACUGCUUAUUAAUAGUAAGUAAGGAAGUUGUACGUGAAUUUGGCUGUUAUGCGGUGUUUAUUUGUUGCUAUUUAUUCGCUCGCAUAUGACAAUAAAUCAAUGUCAGUCAGCGGGGAACAUAUUCUGAGUUAAUUUACAGUUAUUCGGACUAUUAAGACUUUUAGUUUUGUUACCUAAGAAAAGUCAUUUAUUAAGAGUUAUUAACAUCUAAUAAAGCCCAUACUGAGCACCGCUUAUUAAGAGCAUAAUUAAUGUACAACAACUUCCUUAAUUACUAUCAAUAAUUAUUAUAAUUAGGAGGUUAUUGAGGGAAACUUAUAGCUGAUGGCCUAAUAGUUGCAGAAUAAGGCAAUAAGUGAUUUAUAGUGACUAAUAAAGAGCUAAUAAGCAACUAGUUAAUGUGUACCUUCUAGUAUAAAGUGUUUUAUUAACCUCUGGAAAAAGCUAGUAAAUGUACGAUUACAGUCAUCUUUCUGCGAGUGUCGGCGACACAUUGCUCUCUUUAUGUUCAUUUUAUUUUCCCUCCUGUGGGAAUUCUGACUAAUUUAUUUAAACUCAGCAUUUAACUUCUUAAAGGUUCCCAGUGGAGGUUUAGACCUCCAGUGGAGCUGCGUCUCUGUGCACAAGGAUUUAAGAUACUUAAAAAUCUGCUUUUACUUAUUUAGAGCUCGAGGAUCCACACGAUGUGAAUGUAACUUCACUUUAGGCUGUAAUGUUAUUAACUCUAAAACAAAUUGUUGAAACUGAUUAAAUUGAAACAUUUAUGCAUAACAAACUACAUUGUUUUAAGUUACAGAAACAUUAUUGUACUUACAAAAGUUAGUUAUUUGUUUGAGUUAAAUUAACUUACAGUGAAGCCGUAAUAUAAACUAAAGUUUUGGAGGAAAGGCUGUUGAUAGUUGCUGUUUCCUGCUCUGAUUGCUGCACUCUGAUUGGCUCUGGCCCUGCUCCGGUUUUUCUCACCAUUUAAAACCAAUAAAUGCAAUAUCAAGUAAA